AGACAAGUGUUGCAGCUCUAUCUAUGAUCUAUCGCCACAUCAAGCAACUAACAACUAAACAACCUGUGUUGUUAUGUUUUACUCUUGUCCACAAUUCACGCAAUUUUACAAACAGUUUAGAAAUGCAAUCUUUAGAAAUAUUGGAUAAAAAACAUGUUCCACUUGUUGAGAAAAUGAGACCAGCAAGCAUCACAUCUUAUAUAGGGCAAAAACAAAUUCUUGGGUCAGAUACGGUUUUGAGUCAUUUAUUGGAAAAGGGAGAGAUUCCAAGUAUGAUAUUCUGGGGUCCACCUGGAUGUGGGAAGACAUCCUUAGCCAAUGUGAUAGCAUGUUUAAGCAAGAGAGUAAAAGGCGAUAAUGUGCACGUUAUAAACAUGUCUGCAGCAAGUUCUGGUAUUAAAGAUGUAAAAGAUGCUGUUACAGUGGCAAAAAAUAAAUCUCAGUUUGGCUGCAAAACGAUUGUCUUUAUGGAUAAAAUUCAUCGCUUUAACAAACUUCAGCAAGACAUAUUCCUGCCACAUGUAGAGACAGGAACGUUUACUUUAAUUGGAUGUACCACUGAAAAUCCAUCUUACAGUUUGAAUCCAGCCUUGUUGAGCCGCUGUCGUGUAUUCGUAUUGAAUAAAUUAACAGAAUCCAAUGUUACAGAAAUUCUUCAAAGAGCGAUAGAACGUAUGAAUGGAAAUGUAUCUAACGUACAAGAAAGAAAACCGAUAAACGAUAAAGAGCAAAUUAAGUCUUAUUCUACUUUAAAUUCAAAAUUUUCUAUUGAUAAUAAAACAAUACAAUGGUUAGCAGAGGUAUGUGACGGUGAUGCACGUGUAGCUCUGAAUGCUUUGGAGUUAGCAGUGCUCGCAAGAACAUCGGACAGAUUGAAAGUGUCCGGUAAUACUAAUGCUACAAUAACUCUGGAAGAUAUUAGAGAGAGUGUAAAAAAAGCACAUGUGCUGUCUGAAGAAGAAACCGAUCAGAGUCAUCAUAUGUACUCUGCGCUUCACAAUUCAAUAAGAGCUGGAGAAGCAAAUGCUUCCUUAUAUUGGAUGGCCAGAAUUAUGGCAGCCAAAGAGGAUCCAGUAAACAUUGCAAGAAGACUAGUUAGAAUAUCAAGCGAAGACAUUGGUCUAGCAGAUCCAGAUGCUUUAGGUGUAGCUGUUCAUACAAUGUAUGGAUGUCAAAUGAUUGGUAUGCCAGAGUGUGAUGUGUUAUUGGGACAAUGUACAAUUUAUUUGGUAAAAGCACCAAAGUCUCGGUCAGUAUAUAACGCAUUGAAAGCAGCCGAGAAAGUUAUUUUGGAACAGAAGGGUCUUCAACCUGUUGUACCAGCACAUAUGAGAUGUAACUCAUCAGAAGCAAAAUUUCAAUAGCGUUGGUAAAAAUGUUUUUUAGUUUUUAAUUUUUUAUUGCUUAUAAUUCUACUAAUUAUUUUUUUAUUUUAUAUUAAAUUACUUACAUCUUUCCCUUGCAAGUUCUGUUACUUUAAUAAUAAAUUAAGAAAAUUGCAAAACAUAUUUGCAAAACUUAUUUGUUACCGAAUUACACAAUAUUAUAUCAGUAUUAUUAAUAUUAAGGAAGAUAUCAGUAUUAUUAAGAAAAGCAAAGUUUAUAAAAACUAUCGAGUUUAUUAUUAGUGGCUGCAUCUAGCAAAGUAAAACACUACAAACUGUAUUACAGAUAUAUUAAUUAAUUAAAUGUGUUAUAUCUGGGGAGGGGGAUGUGUGUAUAUGAGAUAGAUUUUUAAAAUGAUGAAAAUUUUCUAUUAUGGGAAAUAAUUUAAUUUUUGUUUAUAGAAUUAAGUUUGUAUUGUAAAUAAAGUUAUGUUAAUAUAAAAAGGUUAUUGGUUUAAAUAAUCUAAAAUAAAAUAUGUUGUAAAUAUGUAGCAGUUGAAUUAGGAAAGUUUAUGAAGGUAAGUUAUAUGUAAUAAGUUAUAGGAAGAAAUAUUUUUAAUGAAUUUGGUGCCAGCAAUUGCGGUUAUGUUAAA